AUGUGCCAGGACCACUGCGGGCUCUACCAGAGCAAGUGCUUUGGCCUCGGUGGCGGCGGGCGGGACUGUUUCUGCGGCGACGUGCCGAGCGAUCGCGGGAACAGCGGGGGCAGCUUCUGUAAGACGGCUUGCGCGGGCGACAAGGGCGCGUUCUGCGGUGGAGGGACCGGCGCGGCUGGGUAUUACAACUUGUAUCAGCUUGACUUUUCCCAGUUCCAGAGUAUUGGACAAUGGAGCGCGCUGGUUAAGUUCCCGGUCGUGCCGGUUGCCGUGGCUUUGUUGCCCAAGACUGGAGAGUUGCUGGCGUGGUCUUCUGGUUGGAGAAACCGCUGGACUUUCCCUGGCAACGGAAAGACAUACACGUCAAUCUACAACCCUUCCAGCAAGGAAGUCACCGAGGCCCUGGUCGAGAACACCCAGCAUGACAUGUUCUGCCCGGGUAUCUCCAUGGACGCCGAUGGCCACAUCAUCGUCAGCGGAGGCUCCACUGCCGCCAAGACGAGCAUCUUUGACGAAGACAGCAACUCUUGGGCCGCCACUGGUGACCUGAAGAUUCCGCGUGGAUACCAGUCUAGUACCCUCACCUCCGACAACAAGGUCUUCACCAUUGGCGGCUCGUUCCGUGGAGGUGCUCAGGGGAAGCACGGUGAGAUCUACGACACUGUGAGCAAGGAAUGGAAAAAGCUCGAUGGCUGCUCGGUGACGCCCAUGUUGACUCAAGAUACCCGUGGCUCCUUCCGGGCCGAUAGUCACGCGUGGCUUCACGCGUGGAAGGAUGGAUACGUGUUCCAGGCCGGCCCCAGCAAGGCGAUGAACUGGUACUCGACGAGGGACUCGGGAAGCGUCAAGGGUGCUGGAAACCGAGGAAGUGACAACGACGCCAUGUGUGGUGUCAAUGUCAUGUAUGACGCUGUUGCCGGAAAAAUUCUCACCGUGGGAGGUGCCCCUCGCUACGACGGCGUUGUGUCAACUGCCAACGCCCACGUCCUUACCAUCGGCGAGGCUGGCGGUGCCGUGGAGGUCGAGAAGCUCGAGAACGCCAAGUAUAAUCGCGGUUUCGCCAACGGUGUCGUUCUUCCCGACGGCAAGGUCUUCAUUGUUGGUGGCCAGAGCCGUACUGCCCUCUUCUCGGAUGCCAACCCGCAACUUUUCCCCGAGAUGUGGGAUCCUGCUACCAAGAAGUUCACCACGCUCAAGUCUCACACCACUCCCCGCAACUACCACUCGGUAGCGCUUCUUAUGCCCGACGCGACCAUCUUCUCUGGCGGCGGUGGUCUUUGCAAUGGAUGUACCGCCAAUCACUUUGAUGGGCAGUUCUUCUCGCCGCCCUAUCUCUUUGAAUCUGACGGGCAAACUCUUGCCAAGCGCCCCUUCGUUUCUGAGCUCUCAGUCUCUGACUGCAAGGCCGGCGACAGCUUCACCAUCACAAUGGAAGAGGCGGCGAACUACACUUUCUCGAUGAUCAGGAUGGGCACAUCGACACACGCAGUCAACACCGACCAGAGACGUUGCCCUCUGGAGGCACAGGCCAACGCUAAUCAGUACACUGUAACUGUUCCGGGAGACGCCGGUAUCGCACUCCCUGGCUACUGGAUGUUGUUUGCUGUGAACGAAGCUGGUGUUCCUAGCGUCGCCAAGACAUUCAGAGUCGCAGUGUGA